AUGCUUUCAGAUUACCGUUAUGAGACGGAGCACCGCGACCUGCGUCGCGUAAUGGGUGUUGGCAUUGCAAUUACACGUGGUGCUGCCGCAUCGCUGUCGUUUUGUAUGGGACUAAUCCUGACAACCGUUUGCCGGAACGUGAUAACACUUCUGCGUGAAACGCCUUUGCGUGAAUACCUGCCGCUGGAUUCGGCGAUAACGUUUCAUAAAAUCGUAGCAAUUGUGGCU